AACGCUCCGCCGGCUUUAUUGUCGGUUCGUUAUGUGGCGGAGCCCAGCAGUUUAACGUGCCUCUCGCCCUCAGCGCCUGGGAAGCGGGCGACGGCGUCGGGACUCCUCGGCGCACCGGAGGAAGGAUAUCUGUUUGGAGGGUCGGUGUGUGCGCGCGGCUUUAAAGAGGGGCAGCGGAGGGUCUCCCCGCACUCCGCCUCUCAACUUCGAAGGCCCCACGCGCCCCCGGUUCGCUGCUCACCUCUCCGCCGCCCGCCCCCUUCUCCGCGCGGGACGCUGCCCGGAGCACAGCGGGGCGGGGGUGGAGGACAAGGAGGCGGCCGGAGGCGGCGGCCCGGCGGGCGGCGGUGGACGCGUGAGGCAGCCCCGGGAGCGAGCACGAGCCGGGCGGCCGGGCGGGAGGGCGAGGCCGAGCCCCGCGAGACCGGAACGCCGAGGGUGGGGGCGGGGGCGAAGCCGAGGGGGAGCGGCGGGGAGCGCGCGGGACGCGGCCCGAGGCCGGGCGCGAGCCGGGGCACCGGGCGGCGGCGGCGGCGGCGC